AAGAUCCCGACUUCCCAAAAAGUGCACUACCUGCCAUAAUAUGUAAUAUCGACCCGAAGUUUGACAUUCCGUCAAACCUGUUCCUCCCACCUUUUCCAAUUUCACAGUCUAUCACAAGCCAACCGUCAAGAUGUUCGAAAUAGACUGGUUAAGUCUCGCGCUCCCAUUUGCGUACAUCACUGUACUCGUUGGUUCUUUGUACACCUUUUCUACUAUUUACAGAAAGCGAAAGGCGUCACAGAGUGCCAACCUCGAGCCAUGGUUCCCGCCCCAUCUGCAGCGAAAUAUCUACCUAACUCUUCUUCACAUGGAACCUGAACCUGGCCAAGAGAAGGCACCAAAGGUCCCGGAUAGCGUCAUCCGAGCUGCACUUCUGCGAAGAGCCGUCGAGGACAUCCGUCGCAUCAUCCAGAUCCGAACCUCGAAACAGGCGCUUAACACAUUGUUACAAAGAGGCAGUGUCGGCGAGGACCUGAACCAGAGAUUCACAAGAGCCGAAAAGGAGAUCGAGGAAGAGCUGCGUGAUGUCGUCACGGAGGCCAAUGCUCUCGCACCCGGUUGGGGCCAGACCAUUUUCCAGUCCGCGAACGAGAUCGCUGCCAACACCAUGCUGCGUCUUAAGCUUGAAGAAAUUGAGAGCCGCGCGGAAGCUGAUAAGGAAUGGUGGGAGAAGCGACGUGAGACGAUCAAGAAGGACUUCAUGAGGGAGUUAGAUGAGGAAUCAUCGACCAAGGGCUCUGUCAAAGGUAGUGACGAUGACGCAGUCCUGGUCGACUCGGGUACCCCUGCAUCUACACCUGGAGGUUCUAAGAAGAAGAGGGGUAAGAAAUGAGCGUUCAUCGUCCGCUGCUUACCCUAUCUUAUUGUGGAGGAAAAGACUUGGAGCUGCUUGUUAGACCACCUCACCGUUUCUACUAAUCGGUAGCAUAUUGCAUCUUCGCAUCCGGCGUUCAGGUGUAAGGUUAUAGGGGUACUGUGUAUGAGUACACACCGUAUAUAUGCAGGUAGACUACGUCGUCGGCGUACGUAGUAUCUGGGUAUUGAUACCCGUAUUGGGAAUUGUACUAUGAUCUCAUGCCUGACUUUGCUGCUGAUUUCUUGAUUACUUGGCGUGCCAUUGUGACACGGGAAGCUAAGUAGAAUUGAACAAUACGAGUUUCUCAUUAGCACCAACUUAAGAUACAGAAUAAUCAUUAUUAAAGAACACCCA